AUUAUUAUAUAUACAUAUCGUUUUCCACAAUAUCUGGGCAGCAAAGCACAAUAGCGUGUGUGAUGUGAUCUCAUCGAGUCUCCCAAAUUGAGAUCUCGCACUCAUAAAUGAGCACAAACACGAGGCACCGAAAGUGAAAAAUUUGGAAGCUGGAACAGGUUUUUUUGGGGGGAAUUAAAAAUCUCUCAUAUUCAUGGAAUUAGAGGAGAUCUUAUCAUUGUUGUUAAGGGGAGCGAAGGAAGGUUCUAGAAGAUGAAGUUUUACAUAUCGACGAAGGGGAUUAAGCGACUGACUAUAUCGAGCCCCGACGCCGGGAAGGGAUUGCCGGAGACGGCGAAGGCGACGACGGCGUUGAGCCGUCGGAUUCCGAGCCGGACUUUGCUUCCGGUGGUGCUGGUGCUCGGGAUCGUGCUGCCGUUUCUCUUCGUUAGGAUUGCGUUUUUGGUUCUCGAAUCCACCACUGCUUGCUAUUCUCCUCUCGAUUGUAUAGGGUGGAGAUUUUUCAGUGGGGCUGACACGUCUCUGAAGCUUAGAGAGGAGCUAAGUAGAGCACUAGUUGAGGCUAACAAGGAAGGUAACAACAUUAAUGAGGAACGAAUAGGGUCGUUCAAUGAGCUAGUAAAGGAGAUGACGUUAAAAAGACAAGAUGUCAAGGCAUUCGCUUUCAAAACCAAGGCUAUGCUACAACAGAUGGAGCACAAGGUACAGUCAGCCAGACAGCGUGAGUCUAUUUACUGGCAUUUAGCUUCACAUGGUGUCCCUAAGAGCUUACAUUGUCUUUGCCUCAAACUGGCUGAAGAGUAUGCUGUAAAUGCCAUGGCUCGAUCUCGUUUACCCCCACCAGAAUAUGUUUCUCGCCUUGCUGACUCCUCAUUUCUUCACCUUGUCCUCCUAACUGAUAAUGUCCUUGCUGCCUCUGUUGUUGUCUCUUCUACGAUCCAAAACUCAGCCAACCCCAAAAAAUUAGUGUUCCACAUAGUUACUGACAAAAAAACGUACACCCCAAUGCAUGCUUGGUUUGCAACCAAUCCAGUUAAAUCUGCUGUGGUGGAAGUUAAGGGAUUGCACCAAUAUGACUGGUCUCAGGAAGCAAAUGUUGAAGUUAAAGAGAUGUUAGAGAUUCAUCGCAUAAUUUGGAAGCAAUACUACAAUAAUUUGAAAAAAGAAGAUUUUGAGUAUGACAGAGCACAUACAAGAUAUCUCGAGCCUUUAAGCCCCAGCUCCCUCUCCCUCCUUAAUCAUCUCCGAGUCUAUAUCCCUGAGCUGUUUCCAGAUCUCAACAAGAUAGUGUUCUUGGAUGAUGAUAUUGUAGUACAACAUGACAUAUCAUCUUUGUGGGAAUUAGAUCUCAACGGGAAAGUUGUUGGUGCAGUUUUUAAUUCAUGGUGUGGAGGUGACUGUUGCCCGGGAAGAAAAUACAGCGACUACUUGAACUUUUCGCAUCCAUAUAUAUCGUCCCACUUUGACCAUGAUCGUUGUGCAUGGCUGUAUGGCAUGAAUGUCUUUGAUAUAGAAGCUUGGAGGAGAACCAAUAUGACUGCAACUUACCAUCAAUGGUUAAAACUUAACCUGGAAUCCGGGUUGGCAUUAUGGUCUCCAGGAGUUCUUCCACCUUCCUUGCUAGCUUUCAAGGGUCAUGUACAUCCUAUUGAUCCAUCUUGGCAUGUGGCUGGAUUAGGUUAUCAAUACCCGGAAGUUUAUCAAGAGACAUUGGAAGAUGCUGCUGUUAUACAUUUCAGUGGCCCUGCAAAGCCGUGGCUUGAAAUUGGGCUUCCAGAGGUACGGAGAUUAUGGAAUAAGCAUGUAAAUUUUUCAAACAAGUUCAUUAGGAAAUGUAGAAUCAUGGGGUAAAGAGGGCGAAGUUCUCUUGCACAUAUUUUAAUUUUGGGAAAAUACCAGAGGCACAGUAUGGGACCAGAGGGAAGAAGGUUUUGCCUUCAGUCUCUGCUCACGCUCAGCUCUAUAUAGCACUGUAUUAGUUACUUUUUGUCCAUAAUAGAAAAUAGCCACAGGCUCCACGCAAUAUACCUGUAGCGCCAGGAUCUUUAAACCUUCAAGAGAUAUAAGGAACGUGUAGCUGUCUAACAAUAUUGUAAAUUACUUUUAGUCAGGUAAUUUGAACCUGUUAGUGAUCUUUAAUGGUGAAACCGGUUUAUUAUGGUUA